GCGCCGUAGGGAAACACAUUAGCGCUUGGACGAGAGACGCGACCAGAUGGUCUGCAAAACCUAAAGUUUUCCGUCUUCUUUCUGUCCUAAAACAAAUAUAACCGGCUUUCCGACAUUUCCGAAGGUUGCUGCGUGUUAGCUGCAUCUAUACCAAGGAGUGAAAAUGAUGGAGGAGGUUUCAAACGAGUCAGACUUCGACCUGGAGAUGGAGGGUCUGAGUCUGGAGAACCAGCCGGACGUGGAGCGCUGGCCUCCCGUGGGCGCCACCGCCUCCCCCACCCCGGGGGCGCAGGGGGGUGGGGACCAGCCGCACGUGAGCGAGAUCGAGCGGCUGCGCAUGUUGGAGCAGGAACAGGACCAGCUGAACUCCUCACUACUGGCCCUCACCACGCAUUUUGCUCAAGUACAGUUCAGACUCAAACAGAUCGUUACAGCACCACCGGACGACAAAGAGGGUCUCCUGAAGGAACUAGAGGAGUUUGCAUUCCAGGGCUGUCCCGACGUUCGCGGCUGUGUCACGCAGGACGCACAGAUACUGGAUGACAUGAGCGAGCGCGAACACGAGUUCCGUAUUCUGGAACAGCGCGAGAAACAACAGGAACUUAUCAAACAACUCAAGAAUCAACUGGAAGACUUAGAAGACUUUGCAUACAAGGAGGGGGCCAUCGACAUGCCCACAGCGGUCAUGCAGGAGAAACAGAGGGUCAUCAUUGACCAGCUGACCAGUAAGAUGGACCUGGACAUCGACGGGCUGGACAAACUGACCACUGAGGAGCUACGUCACAGAGUGGACAAUGCUGUGGGGGAAAUCGUCAACCCUGCUAAGGUGAAAGAACAGGUGAUCCACCAGUUGAAGACUCAGAUAACAGACUUGGAGAUGUUCAUCGAGUUUCUUCAGGAGAACGGAGGAGAUAUCGGACACGAGAAGGAGGGCUGUACCUGUCCUGUUCAUGGUGAGACCAGGAAAGGUGGGUGGGUUAGGAGGGUGUUCAUGGUGAGACCAGGAAAGGUGGGUGGGUUAGGAGGGUGUACCUGUCCUGUUCAUGGUGAGACCAGGAAAGGAAAUGCUCCUCCCCAGAUUAAGGGGAAGGUGACAGGAGGAAGUCCGGAGAUUUCCAAACAGACCAGCCAGGCGCGGCUCCGUGCGACGACACAGGAGGCCCAGAAGAAGAUCCGCGAGACCAGCCUGUCCAUCAUGAAGCGGGCGCUGACCGUUCUCCAGAUCUUUGCCGUCAGUCAGUUCGGUUGUGGCGCCAACCUCUUCAAGGACCACAUCAUUCCCACGGAGGACAGAAACAGCGAGUACAACUUUGACGAGCUGCUGAAGGCAUUAGACCAGGCUGUGAGUCACGUCUGCGAGCUGGCCAAGGUGCGAAAUGACGUCCCCGACGACAGCGACUACCUCAGUGACUCGUCGGAGAGCCCGGUACGAGGCCGCGACGAGCUCACGAACAUUGUGAGGAGAGAACUGGCGCCGGCGCUGAGAGACGUGUUCCAGCACGGUCUGAUGAAGGUCGGGCAGAGCAAGAGUCUCAGCCAGGCCGUCAUGCCGUACUUCUGCUUCCAGCAGCGCAAGCCGCCGCCCCCGGGGAAGAUGCACGCGUGGGAGCUGCUGGUCAAAUACUACGAGAUGAAACACGGGCGCGAGUACAACCUCUCGCCAGCACGCAAGCUUUCCGAGUCGUUCAGUCUGGACAUCGUUGGCGGGACGGCCAUCACGGCCAAACAGACCCUCCUCAGUGCCAUCCACGAUAUCGUGAGCACCCACGACCCGCUGAAGCGAAGCAUGGACUCGGAGUGGAAAGCCUGGGUGUGCUGCGCGCUCAACCAGGGGCGUAUCGUCUCGUGGUGUCGCCUCGUGGUCCGUACCGCGCCGCUCAUCACUAGCUACUACCAACCCUGGGGAUUCACCGCCAAAACAAGCUUCGACCCUGCGCUGCAAAUCCUCAACAGACUUACAGAAUUCAAGUUCCACAUUCCGACCGACCUGGCCAUCCGACAUUUCCAGAACAUCAAGGAUGCCUUCGGGGAAGGGGUGUAGUCGUCUUUGUAGAUAGUUUCUGUGGAAUGUCGAAGUCAGUGCAAUUCUACCAGGUGUGUUUAUAUUUAGUGCUUUUAGUUUAUUUAUUGUUUAUGAAGGAGAGACGCAGUGGUAAGAACAAUUCUUAUGGAGAAUCACAUAAGUAAUAGAGAUCUAAAUAAAACAAACAAAUUCUUGGUACAUCAGACUUUCGAAACUGUAUUGUACUAUGUCCUGUUAAUGCUGCUAAAAGCCAGGCUUGUGUAUAAUGUUAUUAGAUACAGUAGAUAUUACAUAAGUAUGCUUCUCUACAAAGGCCUUUUGCAUGUGGGGUAAAAGGAAGGUAUGUCUUGUGCAUAGAAUCCUUUGAAAUAUAAAUGUCAUUUCCUUGAAAAUAUUCAGUUUGUCUAAGAGUUACACAUUUUGUGUGAAUUUUCUCUAGCUAAAUGCUGAUUGUUGCUGUCUAUUGUGUAUGUUGAAAUCAGUGUGCUAAGGUAUGCUGGAUCAAGCAUUGCUACUCUCAUGUAUAAUUUAAGCAUCUACCUUGAUUUUUGUUGUCAAAGAAUAUAUCUAUCAAUGUUAUAGAUAAAAUAUUUGAUUAUGUACAUAUUUCCUGUGGUGACUUUGAUGCAAUUAUAGUAUUGUGAAAAAUGUUAUUGUAAGAAUCUUUAGGCAAAUGAGACAUUGCUGAGCAGUGUUUACUGUAUGUACCUGUAUUUAUGAGAGCAUUUCUUUGUCUUGAUGUUCAACCACUGAACCACAUGUAAUAUAAAAUUGAGUAAAUUUCAGCUCCCCAAUCAUACAUUUUGUGUUAAGACUAAGUAAGAGUGCAAUGGAGUGUAACAUUACUGGAAGCUCGUAGGUUACCAAUGUGCUAUAUUAUAACAAGACUUGACCAGUGCUGGUACAUAGUACUGCCCAAUGUACAACAUUUUCAUGUACAUUAGUUACUCCUGAUGUCUUACAAUGCUGCUGUAACUUUGUGGUUAUGUGCAACAAUGACUAAAUGAUAGGCCCAAACAGUUUUACAUGUACAAAAAUGCCUGAAAAUUUGUAUACUCAAGAGAAAUGCCAGGUGUCUCCAAAAUCUAUGAACUUGUUGUAUGUGAAGUAAAGAGAAGGUACU